AGCAAGAAGGACUUUUGGAAACACUUUUGAGAACCAUUUCAGGUCAAGAAGAUCACAUACGCCGUUGCUAUGCAGCUGAUUCCUCGAAGCUUAGCGGCGAUCAGUUUGUGAUGAUGGUUCUGUUAGAUGCUGUAUUCAUCUUCGAGCUCUUCUUGAGGAAUGAAGAAUACCUGGGUGAUAGCAGCAAAUAUCAAGACGAUUUUAUAAUAGGCCAACCCUGGUUGAGAGCUGCGAUUCGAAGAGACUUGAUAUUGCUUGAAAAUCAGCUGCCAUUCUCUACUCUCAAUGAAUUAUAUGAUUGUGCGAUGAGCACGACCGAUUGCAAACCUUUCAUGUACCUUUCCUUCCGGUACUUUGAUAAGUACAGAAAGACAUCCGAGCCCAGCCAAAAAAUACUACAUUUCACAGAUUUGGUGAGAUGUUUUCUAUCAUUCAAGCACCCGGAUUUAAAAAUUGACAAGGCAGAACCGAUAAAAACUCUUUACAGCGCAACAAUGCUGCAUCAGGCAGGAAUUAAGUUCAAGCCAUUGCCGAAUGUAUCCCUGCUUGACAUUAGAGCCUGGAAACCUCUCUCGAAAGUUCAGACACCGCUUUCAGAUAAGAAAGGUAAGUUACUUAUGCCUUCCCUUGAAAUCGACAACAAUACCGAAUGUCUCCUCCGAAACCUCAUUGCGUUGGAGCAGUUACAUUAUCCAGGAGAAGAGUACAUUUGCCGUUAUGUUAAGCUACUAGAUUUUCUGGUGGAUCUUGAAAACGAUGUGGAUUUGCUCAUUGAAAAUAAAGUUAUUGUUAGCAAGCUAGGUGACAGUAAAGCGGUGGCGGAGCUUAUUAACGGACUUUGUCGGGAAAUGGUAGAAGUUUCUUCCACUUUUGACCCUCUGUCCAAACUGCUGAAUGAUUACUAUGAGAGCUCCUGGAAUAAAAACAAGGCGUACUUGGUAAGUGUGUACUUCAAAAAUAUUUGGACAGGAACUGGAACUGUUGUUGGAUCUCUCUUCCCGCUCGUCACCUUGACACGGUUUAUCCUAUACCUUCUACGUUAUUAGGUCACUACGUUUUCUGGGAAAAGAGUGGUUUGAAGCUUCUAACAUAUAUAGUUUAUCACUGCUGUUAAUCGUAACGUGUGUUGCUCCAGUGCUUGUAGAUUUUGUUUUUCGUUUGAUGUUAUGAAGUUUCGUCAUUCGUGCUGUAAUUCUUGUACUUCAUGGUUAAUCAAUUAUGGUUUGCA